AUCCGGGUUGACGGGGCUCUGGAUGGAGGAGUGUUGUACGAGACAGUGACUGUGAUGAAGGACAGCAGCCCCGUCCUCCGGGACAUGACCUUCUCUCUGGACAGGAACUCUCUCUAUGUCAUGUCCGACAGUCAGGUGGUCCAGGUUCCUGUGGAAGCCUGCGAGCAGUAUGCCACAUGUGCUGAGUGUCUGAGCUCUGGUGAUCCCCACUGUGGCUGGUGUGUCCUGUACAACAUGUGCUCCAGGAAGGAUCGGUGCCUGCGGGCAGAGGAGAGCUUCCGUUUCGCGACCGACGUUGACCGCUGUGUGAAGGUCAUCGCUCACCCGGACAGCAUCGCUGUGUCAGCACAUAGCGUCCCUCUCCUGCUGGAGGUGAAUAAUGUUCCAGAUCUUUCUGCUGGAAUUACCUGCUCAUUUGGCCAGCAGGCUCAAGCAGAGGGUCAUGUCAAUGGGAACAGGGUAAUGUGUCUUUCCCCAACCGGGAAGGAGGUCCCUCGGAUCCCAGAAGGACAAGACUGGGCCGGCGUAGAGCUUCGUCUGAACUCAAAGGAGACGGGUCAAAUGGUUGCAAGCACGGAGGUGAAGUUCUACAACUGCAGCACGCAUAAAAUGUGUCUGUCCUGUGUGAACAGCACUUUCCGCUGCCACUGGUGUAAAUACCGCAACCUCUGCACCCACGACCCAAGCAGCUGUUCUUUCCAGGAGGGGAGAGUCAACGCCUCAGAGGACUGCCCUCAGCUUCUUAAUUCUGGGGAAAUUCUCAUUCCCGCCGGCGAGGUCCGCCCCAUCACCCUGAGGGCCCGGAACCUUCCCCAGCCGCAGUCGGGCCAGCGGGGCUACGAGUGUGUGGUCAGCGUGCAGGGCGUGGGUCACCGCGUCACGGCGCUGCGCUUCAACAGCACCAGCGUGCAGUGCCAGAACAGCUCGUACAUGUACGAGGGUGUGAAGAUCGGUGACCUGGCAGUGGACCUCUCCAUAGUGUGGAAUGGCAACUUCAUCAUCGACAAUCCGGAGAAGAUUAAAGUAAACCUCUACAAGUGCAGUGCCCAGCGGGACAGCUGCGGCAUGUGUCUGCGGGCAGACAGGAAGUUUCAGUGCGGCUGGUGCAACGGCGAGGGCCGCUGCACCAUGAAGCAGCACUGUCCCCCCAUCUCCCCGUACGCCGGCCGCUGGCUGGACCUCUCCGCCAGAAAUGUCAAGUGUACCAACCCACGCAUUACCGAGGUAAGCCCGGUGGCAGGGCCUCUGGAGGGGGGCACACUUGUCACCAUCCAGGGCCUUAACCUGGGUCUCUCCUUCUCUGAGCUGGAGGAUAAUGUGGAAGUGGCAGGGGUGGAGUGCACCCCGCAGGAGGAGGGAUACAUCACUGCAGAGCAGAUUGUGUGCGAGAUGGCCGCAGCUCCUGCUGGAAGCGCACCAGGCCCAGUCAUGCUUUGCGUUGGUGAAUGCAGACCGGAACUGCGUGCACAAUCCUCCCAGCUCUAUUCCUUUGUGAUCCCCACCAUGAUGGCGCUAACUCCAGGCAGAGGACCUGAAUCGGGGGGCACCAAAGUAACCAUUGUCGGGGAGAACCUGGGCGCCGGCAGCACGGUUAACGUGUACUUCGGAAAUCAGACCUGUGAGCUGUACAGGAGGACGAUGUCAGAGAUUGUGUGCUUUUCUGCUCCUUCUGUGACGGGAGCGGGACCGGUGCAAGUCAGUUUGAGCGUCGACCGGGCCAGAGUUCCUGGAAGUCUGGCAUUUGAGUACAUAGAGGACCCCACAGUCCAACGCAUUGAACCCCUCUGGAGCAUCACCAGCGGACACACCACCCUGACAGUUACUGGCACUAACCUGGAUGUGGUUCAAGAACCCCGGGUCCGAGUCAAAUAUGCCGGCCACGAAUCUGUCAACGUGUGCAAAGUUCUGAACACAACCACCAUCAGCUGCUUCGCACCCUCACUUAAGGCGGAGUACACAGCGGACCAGGAGACCGUAAAACACGUGGAUGAGUUUGGCUUUGUCUUCAACAAUGUCCAAGCCCUGCUCACCUACAACAACACAAGCUUUGUCUACUACCCCAACCCUUACCUGGAGCCCCUCAGCCUGUCAGGUGUCCUGGAACAAAAGCCAGGAGCUCCUAUCAUUCUUAAGGGCCGCCACCUCGUGCCCUCUGCGUCUGGUGGAGCCAGACUCAAUUACACCGUGCUAAUAGGAGAUACACCCUGCUCUCUGACUGUGUCUGACACUCAGUUACUCUGUGAACCACCGAACCUCACGGGGCAGCACAAAGUCCUGGUCCAUGUCGGAGGACUUCAUAUUUCUCCGGGAGAAGUUCACAUCCGGUCGGACAGCCUGCUCACCCUCCCCGCGAUCUUCAGUAUCACAGCUGGAGGAGGGCUGCUCCUCAUCAUCGUCAUUAUUGUCCUACUGGCCUACAGGCGGAAGUCACACGAGAACGACCUCACUCUGAAGCGCCUCCAGAUGCAAAUGGACAAUCUGGAGUCCAGAGUGGCUCUUGAGUGUAAAGAGGCUUUUGCAGAAUUACAAACAGACAUAAACGAGCUGACCAGUGAUCUGGACAGAGCAGGCAUCCCCUUCUUGGACUACCGAACGUAUUCCAUGAGGGUCCUCUUCCCUGGCAUCGAUGACCAUCCUGUGCUCAGAGAACUGGAGGUACCAGGGAGUGGACAGGCGAAUGUGGAGAAAGCCUUGAAGCAGUUUGCUCAGCUGGUGAAUAACAAGGUUUUCCUGCUGACAUUCAUCCGUACGCUGGAGCUGCAACGCUCCUUCUCCAUGCGUGAUCGCGGCUAUGUCGCUUCACUCAUCAUGACUGCUCUGCAAGGGCGCCUGGAGUACGCCACGGACAUCCUCAAGCACCUGCUCUCGGAUCUCAUAGAACGCAACCUGGAGAGUAAAAACCACCCCAAACUACUCCUCCGCAGAACCGAGUCAGUGGCGGAAAAGAUGCUGACAAAUUGGUUUGCCUUCUUGCUCCACAAAUUUCUCAAGGAGUGUGCUGGCGAGCCUCUCUUCAUGCUGUUCUGUGCCAUCAAACAGCAAAUGGAGAAGGGGCCUAUAGACUCAAUCACAGGAGAAGCACGCUAUUCUCUCAGUGAAGAUAAACUCAUUCGCCAGCAGAUUGAAUACAAGACACUGACGCUGAGCUGUGUGAACCCUGACAAUGAGAACAGCCCGGAAAUCCCCGUCAAAGUGCUCAACUGUGACACCAUUACCCAAGUAAAGGAGAAGAUCCUGGAUGCGGUGUACAAGAACAUGCCUUGCUCUCAGCGACCCCGGGCGACAGACAUGGACUUAGAGUGGCGGCAGGGCCGAACAGCUCGAGUGGUCCUGCAGGAUGAGGACAUCACAACAAAGAUAGAAGGCGACUGGAAGAGACUCAACACGCUCAUGCACUACCAGGUGUCUGAACGCUGUGUGGUGGCCUUGGUACCCAAACAGAUGUCCUCUUUCAUCAUUCCCUCCUCAGCCAGCUUUCCACGCAGUAUCAGCAAAUAUGGUAUGGACGUGCCUUUCCGCUCCACCCCGACGAGCCCCGACAGCCCGCACUCCCGCGUGCCCAUGCUGACCCCUGACCUGGAAAGUGGCGUCAAAAUCUGGCACCUGGUCAAGAACCACGACCACGGGGACCAAAAAGAAGGCGAGCGCGGAAGCAAGAUGGUGUCCGAGAUCUACCUGACGAGGCUGCUAGCUACCAAGGGGACCCUUCAGAAGUUUGUGGAUGACCUGUUUGAGACUUUGUUCAGCACUGUGUGCCGUGGCACUGCCCUGCCUCUCGCCAUCAAGUACAUGUUUGACUUCCUGGACGAGCAAGCCGACAGACACGGCAUCAAUGACAUGGACGUGCGCCACACAUGGAAGAGCAACUGCCUUCCUCUACGCUUCUGGGUAAAUGUAAUCAAGAAUCCUCAGUUUGUAUUUGACAUUCACAAAAGCAGCAUCACAGAUGCCUGUCUUUCUGUGGUGGCACAAACUUUUAUGGACUCUUGUUCAACAUCUGAACAUCGUUUGGGCAAAGACUCCCCCUCCACCAAACUGCUAUAUGCCAAGGACAUACCGCAUUACAAAAGCUGGGUCGAGAGGUACUAUGCUGACAUCAACCGCCUACCUGCCAUCAGUGAUCAGGAUAUGAAUGCCUAUCUGGCUGAACAGGCUCGCCUUCACUCCAGUGAGUUCAAUGUGCUCAGUGCCCUUCACGAAAUCUACGCUUACAUCAGCAAGUACAGCCAAGAGAUUAUUGACGCUCUGGAGCAAGACGAACAAGCCCAGAAACAGAAGCUGGCGUAUAAAUUGGAGCAGAUCAUCUUGAACAUGUCUAUGGAGAGCUGA